AUGGACAACAUCCAAUUUGAUAUCAACGAUGCGCUCAAGCAUUACAUGAGCGACCCGGCCACGAUCCCGACCCCCGAGGCCGAUGCCGCGCUUUUCGACUGCGAGAACGAUCCCGAGGCGCUGACCAACGGCGUCAUCAACCCCGUGCUCAACCCCAUCGUCGAUGCCGUCGCCGAGAGUCCAGAUGCCAUCACGCGCAGCGCGCAUUUCGACUCGUUGCAGUUCCUGCUGAAAUACGCCGCCUUUCUUCCCACACACGCGCUCAGCAAGGUCUUUGAUCUCAUCACGUCCGGCCUCGCCGCCGAAGCCGAAAUCGUCCACCACGACCUCGAGUCCGACGAGCAGGACCUGAUCGCCCACCACAAGCAGCUGCUCGAGAUCUACGGCUUCCUACUGCAAUGGACCAUCGCAGCCGUCGAGACCAAGUCUGCCGAGAAGUCGUCCUCGGCGCCCGUCGCGCGAGGUCGCGGCAAACCCAAGGGCAAGAAGGGCGCCGACCAAGAGGGCAGCUGGGACUCUGCUGCGCAGCUCCAGACCUCGCUCGACACCAUGUGCAAGGUGCUGCGCUUGAAGCUGGGGAAGAUCUUCCUGACCACCUCGGAGCGUGAUACCUUUAUCGGUCUGUUGACCAGGCCCGCAUACCUCAUUCUGGAGAGCGAGCAGCGGGUCAAGUCGACCUCCAUUCGCAUGCACACAUUCAAGGUGCUGUGCAUGGCCGUCAAGCACCACGGCCACGGCUAUGCCGCCCAAAUAUCUAUCGUUCAGAACUUGACCUACUUUGAGCACUUGUCAGAGCCCAUGGCCGAGUUUCUGCACAUCCUGUCAGAACAAUACGACUACGAGCAGUUGGCCAACGACAUUCUAGCCGAGCUCAGUGGCAAGGAGUUCAGCAGUAAUGACACCAAGGGACCCAAGUCUGUGUCAUCUUUCAUUGUCAAGCUCUCCGAGCUGGCGCCCAGGCUGGUCAUCAAACAGGUGGCUUCUUUGAUAAAGCAGAUGGACAGCGAGUCAUAUACCCUUCGUUGCGCAUUGAUCGAGGUCUGCGGCAACAUGGUAGCCUAUCUGAGCAAGCAAGAUGAGCGCGGAGAAGACCACAAGUCCCAGCUGAACGCUUUUUUCACUGUCCUUGAGGAGCGGUUCCUAGAUAUCAACCCCUAUUGCCGAUGCAGGACGAUCCAGGUCUACGUCAAGCUGUGCGACUUGGAGAUGAAGUUUCCCAAGCGUCGCCUCAAGGCGGCCGAGUUGGCGAACCAGAGCUUGGAGGACAAGAGCAGCAAUGUCCGGCGGAACGCCAUCAAACUGCUCGGAAGCUUGAUCAAGACUCACCCCUUCACGGCCAUGCACGGGGCUCAAUUGUCAAGGAAAGACUGGCAAGAGCGUCUGGACAAGGUCGACGCAGAGAUCAACGCGCUUAAGCCACCUGCGGGCGCUCCCGAGCUGGAUGGUGGCGACAAGGCUAACACCACGGUCGAUCCCGAGCUGCUGGAUGAGGCUACCCAGAUCGAGUCGCCCAAGAAGCACCCCUCGCAAAUGACUGAAGAGGAGAAGAUGGAGGUCAUCCGCAAGGCCCAGGAGGAGGCCGCCACCUCCGAGGCCAUCAACAAGCUCACUCUGACCAAGAAGUACUACUCGGAAGCACUCAAAUUCAUCGACAUCCUGCACGACGCCACCGAGACCAUUUGCCAGCUGCUUGGCUCAAGAAACAAGAGCGAGGUCAUUGAGGCUAUGGAGUACUUUGAGAUUGGUGAUGCCUACAACAUCGAGAAGAACAAGGUCGGCAUUCGGCGUAUGCUCAGGCUGAUCUGGACCAAGGGCAACAGCGACGAAGGCAAGGGCGUGCAGACUCACCUCAUCGAGUGCUACAAGCGCCUGUUCUUUGAGGCUCCUGACAAUUUCAGUCCCAACGACGCGGCCAACUACAUUGCCAGGAACAUGAUCAGUCUGACCUUUGGUGCCACGCCGGCCGAGCUUACCUCACUAGAGCAGCUCCUGGCCACCAUGAUGAAGGGCGGCAUGAUCCCCGACAUCGUCAUCGCCAAGCUCUGGCAGGUCUACGGUAUCCAGAAGAGGGAGAUCUCCCGGACGCAACGUCGCGGCGCCAUCAUUGUGCUGGGCAUGCUCGCCACCGCCGACCCCGGCAUUGUUGUCGGCGAGAUGGAGACCAUGUUGCGCACCGGUCUCGGCCCCCAUGGCCGUGGCGACCUGCAACUGGCCAAGUUUACCUGUGUUGCGCUGCGGCGCAUCAACCCGAUCGGCCGGCAAGCUAAGGACUCGCCGAUCAAGUUCUCGCGGUUGCCUAACGACCACGCCGUGCUAGCCAGGCUUGCCGCUAUCACCGAGGUGCCCACCGAGAGUAAGGAGUGGUUUGGCGUCGCCGAGCAGGCCAUCAACGCCAUCUAUGCCAUUUCCAAGCACCCCGACGUGCUCUGCUCCGAGAUCAUCCGCCGCAAGACGAGGAUGGUCUUCUCGCCCCAGGCCUCAAGGCCCAGCUCUCGAGACGAGACCAAGACUGUCGAGACGGAUGCCGCUGGCAACACCACCGUGAUUGGCCCUGGUCAGCAACCGGGUGCCCGCCCGAACAGAGACGGCACCAUCGGUCUCUCGCAGCUCCUCUUCAUCGUGGGCCACGUCGCGAUCAAGCAGAUUGUGCACCUUGAACUCUGCGAGCUCGACUUCAAGCGUAGGAAGCAGGAGAAGGAGAAGACAGCUGCGGCGGCCAAGCUUGCCGAGGAGGAGAGCCGGCGCAGCAGCAAGGCCAGCAAGGAGCCGGCCAAGAAGGAGGAGCCGGCCGACGAGCUCGACCUCAUCGGCGGCACGUCGGAGGACGACUUCACCGAGGCGAUGCAGCACAUCCGCGAGCGCGAGCUGCUCUACGGACCCAACUCGCUGCUGGGCAUGUUCGGCCCGCUCGUCAGCGAGAUCUGCGCCAACAACACGACGUACCGCGACAAAGGGCUGCAGGCGGCGGCGACGCUGUGCCUGGCCAAGCUCAUGUGCGUGUCUGCCGAGUACUGCGAGGCCAACCUGCCGCUGCUCAUCACCAUCAUGGAGCGGUCCACGGACGCGACGGUGCGGUCCAACGCCGUCAUCGCGCUGGGCGACAUGGCCGUGUGCUUCAACCACCUCAUCGACGAGAACACGGACUUCCUGUACAGGCGGCUCGCCGACGCCGACGCGUCGGUCAAGCGCACGUGCCUCAUGACGCUGACGUUCCUGAUCCUGGCGGGCCAGGUCAAGGUCAAGGGCCAGCUGGGCGAGAUGGCCAAGUGCCUCGAGGACGAGGACAAGCGGAUCGCGGACCUGGCGCGCAUGUUCUUCACGGAGCUGUCGACCAAGGACAAUGCCGUGUACAACCACUUUGUCGACAUGUUCAGCCUGCUGUCGGCCGAGAGGGCGCUCGACGAGGAGAGCUUCCGCCGGAUCGUCAAGUUUUUGCUCGGGUUUGUGGAGAAGGACAAGCAUGCCAAGCAGCUGGCCGAGAAGCUGGCGGCGCGCCUGGGCCGGUGCGACACGGAGAGGCAGUGGAACGACGUCGCGUUCGCGCUGGGCCUCCUGCCGCACAAGAACGAGGACAUCGCCAAGGUGGUGGCCGAGGGCUUCAAGAUUGUGCAGGUGCCUGCUUAA